GAGUGCGUUUUAUUCUUGUUCUGACUUGGAAAGCUCUUCACGUCCAGCACCAGGUUUUGUCGGAGGACUUCUGCACCCACAUAUCUCCAAGUGCCUGUGAUGCCCCAGGGCGGGCCGAGCUGGCCGGGGUCGCGAUGCCGUACGUGGACCGACAGAAUCGCAUCUGCGGCUUCCUGGACAUCGAGGAGAUCGAGAACAGCGGCAGGUUCCUGCGCCGGUACUUCAUCCUGGACACGGAGCAGGGCAACCUGCUGUGGUACAUGGACAACCCUCAGAAUCUGCCUAAAGGUGCGGAUAAUGUGGGCUUUCUCAAACUCACGUACAUCUCCAAGGUCAGUGAUGCUACCAAGCUCAGGCCGAAGGCAGAGUUCUGCUUUGUUAUAAACGCGGGCAUGAGGAAGUUCUACCUGCAGGCCAACGACCAGCAGGAUUUGGUGGAAUGGAUCAGCGUUCUGAACAACGCCACCAAGAUCACAGUGCCAAAGUCUGGAGAGAGCCAGGCUGCCUAUGUGGAGACCCCACAGGAAGCCCUCGGCGCUACGAAGCAGGUCUCUUACAAAACGGAGAUCAUAGGUGGAGUUCCAAUCAUCACAGCCACGCAGGAGCAGAGCGAAGGCCAGAACGGGUCGGACCGAGGGAAGCGGGCUCAGAACCAGCUGCCGUACUUCCUGUCCAGAGGAGCGCAGGACCAGUCUUUCAUAAAGGCGGGAUAUUGCGUCAAACAGGGAGCUGUGAUGAGGAACUGGAAGAGGAGGUACUUCAUCUUGGAUGAAAAUGCCCUCAGCUACUACAAAUCCGACCUGGACCGGGAGGCACUGAGAGUUAUCCCGCUGAAGGAGAUUCAGAAAGUCCAGGAAUGCAAACAGAGCGAGCUGAUGAUGCGAGACAACCUCUUCGAGAUGGUCACCAACUCCAGAACCUUCUUCAUACAGGCUGACAGUCCAGAGGACAUGCACAACUGGAUCAAGGCCGUCUCCGGGGCGAUUGUUGCUCAGCGCGGGCCCGGGCGCUCAGCCAACACGGAGCACAGUGACCCUCCCUCUCCCACCUCCGCCUCCACCUUCUACUACUCCCUCAACACGGAACCGCAGUACCCAGAACCCUCAGCGGGUGCUCAGCCUGACGCUGGACACUCGCCACCAGGACAACUUCUUGGGCCUCCUGCCGUGGCGCCUCAGUGGAAUCCAGCCCGUGAUGAUGCCUUUGCCUUCGGCGCGCUCGCGCCUUUCUCUGCAGGAGACGGUGCAGUCCUCAAAGUGAUGGAGGCCGAGCAGCUCUGCGCCGGCGGCGAGGGCGACCCAAACACGGAGGAGCCAGACUCGCAGAUAACUCUGAUGUGACAGCAACUGAUCUUUGAAUAUUCUCCUGCUAAACUUCCUGGGACUGGGUUUUUUUUUUUCUUUUUUCCCCCACGUGUGGCUCCGCCUACAAGGUCUUCCUCUGCGGUUCCCCUUCACCUCGUCUUCCUGAAUAUGUCUCACAGUACGUUGCAGCAGACCAGCGACACAGAUUACACAGUCUAUUUAAGCUCUCAGCAGGAGUUCGGCGACAGGAAGGCGAAGAGAUUCACUUCUGAAACAACCAAAGUUUAAAGGGUCGCAGAGAGAUGUGUUGAAACACAUCAGUCCUGUGUGCGUUAUCUAGGAGGUUGAGAUUUGAUAUGAAUUGUGUUGUUUCCUUAUCAAACUGUUUUUUCUUUUUCUUUUUUUGUAGCUGAGUUUUUUCAUGGCACAGAUAAGGAGACAUGUGGAGUCUUGCAAAACUUUCCCUUGUUGAUAAUACUUUAGUUGAAGGGGUGUGCAUAAGAUUGACAUGACACUGUCAUAACACCUGUUAUGAACAUGAAUGGGUUUUCGUAAAUGUUGCCAUGUUAAUACAAAGUUGACAAUUUUAAUGGACUUUUAAUGCAAGUUUCAAUGCAAAUUUGCAUUAAAAGUGUCAUUAUUUACCGAAUGACACUUCAUGGCAACGUUCGUGAAGACUCCUUUAUAUUUCUGACAGCGUCAUGUCGGUCUCAUUCACACCACGUCAAAUAAAGUUACCAAGACGAGCUCAGUUAUGUUUUAUGUCCUAGUCCAACACAAAAUAGUGCAGCGUAGUGGAAGAAAAAUGUAUGGUUUUAAUGGGGGGUGGGAGGGUUAAAUGUAAAAUAGCUUCAUCGACAUCUGUUACCGUGGGAACAGUGCACUUAGAGUAAUGUGCGGUCUUUACUUGCAUAGCUUUUCGCAGCAGGUCAAACAGUUCAGCGGGUCAAAAAGAGUUAGUCUCAUCAGCCGCCUUUCUGCUGAAAGUUAACUGUAUACUUUAUUUAUUAAUUUGGUGACUUUUGAAAGCAAUUAUUACAACUGAAUUUUGACUAAGGGUAUCAACAUCUGCACUGUGCUCUUUUUAUUCCAGUUCAAAUGAUGCAGUUGAUGUUGAUAUAUAAUGUAAAAUCUAUAUAAAAUACAUAUUUUAACAGCCAAGGGUUAUGAAUGUUUUUAAGAAAGCUCUGUAAGACUCCAGUGAUCCAGAAACUCUGCUGCCACCUUGUGUGUACAACUAUUAGGUCAAUUAUGUUGUUUUUUUUUACUUGCGUUUGCUUUAUCUGCAUAUUCUAAUAAGUGUUCAAAAAGGUGGCUAUAUAUUUAUUUAAUUUUUUGUUUGAUCCUAAACUAAUAAGAUCAAACAAAUUAGACACAGGAAAAAAUAUAAAAGGAAUAGGGAUAAGGUUACAAAGAAAUAAUAUAUUUUCACAGCACAUGAUGCAAAGAAAUGCUUUGCGACAUUUGCAGAAAUCAUGCAUGUGAACACAUACAGAGACACAAUUAAUGUGAAAAUAAAUAUAUUUGACUUCAAACUAAGCAGAAACACAUUCAGACAACCUAAAAGAAAAAAAAAAAAGUUUAAACUAUGUUCUUAAAUUAAGUUUGAUCCUCAGUUUCUCGUGUUGAUAUGGCGUAUGUCAGAAUAUAACCUGAAUUAUUUAAGUGAAUUUCUCUUUUUGCACCUCUCUCACUGCUAUGUUAAUCAACCUCUGUUACAGAAACUGGACUUUUUUUGUGUGUGCCGUUCGGCUCGGCGGAAACCGUUUGUGACUUUGCUAAGUGUCAGCCUCCGCCCCGAGUGUGGAAGUGAUGCGAAACACGGAAAUGCUUCAGCAUCACGAACUCAAGAACUCUGGAAACAUUUCCUUCUUGCUCACCAGCUCCCCUCACCUCACCUUAACUUCCUGUUCCUUUACCUGCCGUCACGUCGGCGUUCAGGACGACUGUCGGUUUGCGUGGAAAUCUUUUGGGACUCGAGCCGUCCCGCAGGUCGUUUCUCCUCUCGGCUCUCUGGUUGUGGGUGUUUUGUUUUGUUGUUUUUUUUCUAGUAUUGAUAUUAUUAACUUUAAUGAGGGAAAAAAAUAAACUACACAUAUAUGUUUACUGAAUUUUUAUGAACUCACGUGCAUGACUGUGCACCCCUUCACUCCUCCAAAUGUGUUGUUCCCUUUGAUACAUAAGUUGGGUUAAAGUGCCUGCGUCUAUCUUUCUAAAGAGCAGAUUUUCAAAACACCGUGAGCUAUUUGAUCCGUUUGUGUGUAUGUGGGUGAGACUC